AAACAGCAGUAAACCAAGUAAAAGCAACAACCAAGCCGAUAAAAACUGGGCCAGUAACAUAGAACAAGAAGAAAAAUCAGUUGGUAAAGGCAAACAAAAAGCUACUUCUUCUACAAACAUGGUCACAGAACAAGAUGGACCAAACACUAAUGUACCAAAUCCUAAUUACCUAAAAGAAAAUGACUCAAUCAAUACUAUAGAUGAUCAGGACUUAACCUUUAAGGAAAACAUAACUAGUAUCCCUAUUUCAAAACAUG